AUGAACAGUUUAUCUCCGAAAACCUCUUUGGUUGACAAUCAAAUCAAUAAAAUCGCAUUUGGGUUGUUUCUACUUGCAUUUGAGAACGAAAUUUAUAAACAAACAAGAUUGUCCGCAAAAUUGUGGGGUAAUUUUGUAGCGACCGGAAGGGAAACUUGGAUAAAUGCAAAUGAGGCAUAUCGAGGUGCUUUUGAUAAAUUG